AUUGGAGGCGCGAUUAGUAGGGUCGUAUGGGACAAAAUUUUGUCGUGAUGGACGCCAACUAUCAAGAUUUACAAUGCGCCGAUCUAAAGCAUAUUCUGAAAACUAAAGGCAUUCCCUUUUCGAACAAAAGAAAACAAGAUUUAGUUGACUUAUGUGAAAGCGCUGAUGCUCUUAAUUUGCCUGGAAUCGACCAGAACGAUAGCGAGAAAGAGGCUUCAAUCGAGAGACGGACGGUUCGGGGGAAAACUUAUCGACAUCCAUGUUACGACACUGGAAUCGUCUGGAGUCGUAAUCUAGCUACCAUCCCAACCAUUGAUACGUUUGAUGUGACAUCUUUUCUCCAGAACUACUGCGGAUGGUCUGAAGAACGCCUGCGGAGGAGAAAAUCGGACAAUGGCUACAAGCUACAUUGUUCCGGCCACAUUCAUGAUGUCACAAUGGCAAUGUUAGAUGAAGAUGUGUUCUAUGUUAAAGGCAAAUGUGUGCCUGAAACAAGGCAGUCCAGUGAUCCUUAUAUCCCAUGGAUUCUGGUUGAGAAAUCAGGACACAUAUUUUCAGCUGAAUGUACAUGUGUUGCAGGGGAUGGAUCAUGUAAGCAUGUUGUUGCCCUACUGUUUGGCAUAAUAGAUCACAUCACUUCAAUGGAAGAUCGAAGUUCAAUUGGAGUUACUGAUACUGCAGCAUAUUGGGAUAAACCACGGAAAGUAUGCAGGCCAGUGCCUGUUCAUGACUUAGAUAUCAGGACUGUCGUGAAUGUACCAGAUAAACCACGACCAUCUGAAGAUUCUGGUUAUUUGCCACUUAAGUCUUCAGAUUUUGAUAUGGAGUCAUUGGAAAAGAAUAUUGUUCAAGUCCUAAAGAAGAGCAAAACAUUGGCAGUGGCUUUGUAUACAAUGUCAGACUCUGAUGAUGACAAUGACAUGUCCAUGUGUAUUGAGGACACGCCCAAAAAUAUUAUUGAUUUAGUGGCAAUGCUUGGUCAAGAAAAUGUGAAAGUAGACGAUUGUUAUGUUAAGAAAGUUAAUGAAUUUACCAAAGGACAGUCCAUUAACCUUAUGUGGCAGUACCAAAGAAAGGGAAGAUUGACUGCUUCAAAUUUUUUCAAAGCUUAUCACUAUAGAGGGGAUAAAGCAGACAAUUAUAUUGUGCGCAGUAUUAUGGGUCAAUAUAAUUUUACUUCGAAGUCAGUUGAAUAUGGAAAAAUUAAUGAAUCUGUUGCACGUGAGAAAUAUGUAGAUUUCAUGACAUGUUUACAUCCUUCAUUUAAGUGUUCAGAGACUGGAAUCUUUGUUUUUAAAGAUUUCCCCUUUCUUGCUGCAUCCCCUGAUGGUAUUUCUGAAUGCAAAUGCUGUGGCAAAGGUCUUGUUGAAAUCAAGUGUCCAUAUAGUUCACAAAAUGAAACUUGUCAGGUUGCUAUGUCAAAAAAUUCAUCAUGUGCAAUUGUCAAUGGUAAUUAUGCAUUGAAAAAGAGUAUUUCCUCCUCCUAUUAUGUCCAAAUGCUUGGCCAAAUGGCAGUCUGCAAGUUAUCUUACUGUGAUUUUGUAUUGUACACACAAAAAGAUAUUUAUGUAGAAAGAGUUAAUUUCUCACAAGCAGAUUGGGAACUGUUAUUUGAAAAACUCAAAAGUUUUCAUGUGCAAUAUGUUUUACCAAAAUUGGUCUAAGUACAUGUAUAUACAUCAGAAAACUUGAAUAAGGUUAAUGAUUAUGGUGUUUGCUUUAUUGUGCUAAUUCAAAAGUUGAUGAAUGUCAAAAACCAUUGUAUGGAUUACACUGUACCAUAAUUUCACAAUUUAUUGUUCAUCAUAAGCAAUAUAUAAAGUUCUUGAAAUUAA